GUGAGAUCCAGAGUUCAAACGACAGCCUCAUAAAAUGCGCCCUUUCCCCAGGUGACCCUGUUCUGAAUGACUGGCGGCUGCGUGGGGCAUCUCAAGUCCUUAGCGUCACAGUGACUGUGAAUGGGAUCACUAGCCACUGCCUGGGGGGCUGCUCACUUCAUCUUCUGGAAAACCUGACCCUUGUUAUUGAUGCCGUGACCAUGACGUGGAACGGAAGGCUCGCUUACUUGUUGAUCAGAGGCCAGCGGUUAGAUAGAGCAGGGGAUGAAACCUUGAUAGAGGUGGAUGGUCAUCUCCCUUGCAAUGUCACAGCUUUGAAUGAAACCUGGAUCAAGUGCCAGACAGGCAGCCUUGACGCUGGAGAACACAGCAUUGCUGUGCUGAGCAGAAGCUGGGGUCAAGCGUGCCUGAGGCAGAAAGGCGCCAGCAUUUUCAGAGUUGUUCCCCACGUCCUCCAAUUUUACCCCCAGAAUUUCAGCGUCAACGGCAGAGGCCUUCUCACACUCGACGGCCUAGCAUUACGAGGCAGGAACGAGACCUCCAUUCUCAUAGGAGAGCUCCACUGUCCCCUUACCAGUGUCACAUACUGGGCUCUUCAGUGCCUCACCCCUCCAGGCGCUGGGGUUGCCACAGUGCAGCUGAACAUAGAUGGCGCCUCGUACCAUAUUGGGGAAAUAAACUACAGCGAAGAUUCCACACCUGUCUUUCUUUCCCUUCUACCUUCUGUGAAUCAGCAUCUGACAAUCAGGGUGUCAUGCAUCCGGCGGACAGAAGACAUGUAUGUUUUCAUUGGAGGCUCUCCCUGUGCCAAUGUUGUUGGCAACAACACAACUUUGAGCUGCACACUCCCUCAGCUUUCCGCUGGGGAAUAUAACAUCACAGGUGGAGAUGCCCGCCAAGGCUUGGCUUCCUCCCAUUUGGUGUUCCCUUCUGUCCUGAUGGUUAUGUCUGUGAACAACGGCUUUGGUUGCCUAGGUGGUGGAGAAAUACACAUACAUGGGACUGGAUUCUCUCCAGGAAAUACUUCCGUUACCAUCUGUGGUGCUGUCUGUGAGAUGCUGGAUGUCACACCAACUGAUCUGCGAUGCUUAGCCCAACCCUUGAAUGCUUCCAUAGCAGUUCUGUGCAGCUUGACAUGCUCUUUGGAAGAUAAGGGAGAUGACUGGAAGCAGCCGGGUGCAGCUCUGAUCCAGUGUGACAUCCGAAUCAGAGCGAGUGCUUAUGUUGUGAUGGCAGCCACACCGUACCGAUACCUUUGUGACGAUUCAACGUGUUCCUCUUCGCUACCUCGCAAGGCUGCUGUCAACUCAUCUGGCAUCCAUUUUGCUGGCCUUUUUAUCAGCCCUAAAGUGGAAAGAGAUGAAGUUCUCAUCUAUAAUAGCUCCUGUAACAUUACCAUGGAAACUGAGGCAGAGAUGGAGUGUGAGGAACCUAAUCAGCCAAUUACCGCCAAGAUUACUGAGAUAUGGAAAGAGCGGGGCCAGAACACUCAGGGCACCCUCCCUCUUAAAUUUUGUGGAUUCUGGUCAAAGAACAUCAGCUGGCUUACUGGGCACCAACCACAAGAUGGCGAUAAUGUCACAGUAGAAAGAGGCCAGACUUUGUUCUUGGAUACAAACACAAGGAUCCUUAACUUGCUUCAUGUCAAAGGAGGCAAGCUUGUGUUUGUUGGCCCUGGGCCAAUAGAGCUCCAUGCUCAUUACAUUCUGGUGUCAGAUGGAGGAGAACUUCGGGUUGGCUCUCCAGGUCAGCCUUUCUGUGGCAAAGCCCAACUCCACCUCCAUGGCAGUUUGCACUCUCCAGCAUCCUUUCCAUAUGGGGCCAAAUUUCUGGCUGUGAGGAACGGAACCCUUUCCAUGCACGGUUGUGUCCCUAAAGUGACAGUCACACACUUGAAAUCAGCCGCACGUCCCAAUGAUACAAAAUUAGUUCUGGUGGAUCAUGUGGACUGGAAACCUGGAGAUGAAGUUGUUAUAUGUGGAGGAGGGCCUAGAAGUGCCCAGAAACAAGAGGAAGUAGUGACUGUCAAGACUGUAAAUGGCACAGAACUCUCUGUUUCAUCUCCACUCAGGUAUUUUUUCAGCAGACCUUGA